CGUCAUUAACGUAUUUUUAUUAUCAUUAGCAUUUCAUCGAGUAAUUCUAACCUAAGAGUUUAGUUUACAUUUUUAAGUACGGUAAUUUUGUAAGAUAGUUGUGGAAAUAAGUAUGCCGAGUUGGAGUCAGGUUCAGUCACAAUUGCGACAUCCAACUAAUCCAGUAGUGUUUUUCGAUAUAUCUGUCGGUUCAAUUGAGAUUGGAAGGAUGGUUUUUGAAUUAUUUGCUGAUGUUGUACCCAAAACCAGUGAAAAUUUUCGUCAGUUUUGCUGUGGUGAAUUCAAGAAGGAUGGCGUGCCGUUAGGUUAUAAGGGUGCAAGUUUUCAUAGAGUUAUUAAGGAUUUUAUGAUACAAGGUGGUGAUUUUGUGAAUGGUGAUGGUACAGGAGUAACAAGUAUUUACGGAGGAGGAACCUUUGCAGAUGAAAACUUUCUUUUGAAGCAUGAUUGCCCAGGACUUCUUUCAAUGGCAAACAGUGGAAAAGACACGAACGGGUGUCAGUUUUUUAUAACUUGCGCAAAAUGUAAUUUUUUGGAUGGCAAACAUGUUGUAUUUGGAAAGGUUUUGGAUGGUUUACUUGUCAUGCGAAAAAUAGAAAAUGUUCCAACAGGGCCUAAUAAUAAACCUAAGAUACCUGUUACAAUUGUUCAGUGUGGUCAAAUGUAAGUGUGCAUGAAUAAAACUUUUAACCAGGUUACAAAAAAGAAAAAUGUGAAACUGAAUUUUCAGUGCACAUUGUGCAGGUUCCAUGUUUGAAUCAUGUUUUGUGGUGUUUAAAGUAUAAUUUAACCCAUCUUUGGUGCAGUAGUUGUAAAACUACAUGAUUAUUUUAGAAAAUUCAAAUAUACACUAAUUGUUAUUCAUCAUAUUAUCAACACAUUUAUAAACACUGGUAAUAAUGUGUAAUACAAAAAGAUCCACACAUCAGGUAGCUGUUACUUUUUUAUUGAAAGUCAAAUUGUGAACCACAUAAAAAAUUUAUAGCUGUACGACAUGAUGUUUCAUGUCUUUAUAAUGUUUUACCACACAGAAUUAAAAUUUACAGAUAGGCAAGGACGACAGCGAAACGCUUAUUAAAAGACCUAUCUUAUUUAUUGAUUUUAUAUACAUAGCUAUAUUACAAGUUAGUGCAGUCCUCUUCGCCUCAAGCCUGGAAGUUAAGAUAAUUUUUAAUGAUUUUUCAUUUUAAUUAUGAAAAAGUUUCAGCAUGCUAUCUUUUUUGAACAUUGAACAAUAGUAUACAGAUGCAAAUAGGUUCAUGCAAGGAAAACUACUUGCUACUAUUUGCUUAAAUAUAAUUAUUUAAAUGUUAUGGACGACUCAAGUGUAGGUGUCAUUAACAUACAAACUAUUGACAUAACAUUUAUAAAGGCUCCUUUAGAGUUUACUUAUUAUCACAGGACUAAAACAACGUCUUAACCGUUUCAUCAUGUACUUACAAUAACUAAAAUAAAAAUUCACAAAUGAUAUGUU